GAGUGCAAGAGGGACAAAGCUCUGAAACUGCAGAAAGAAAAUGUAGAGGCUGAGAAAUGCACCGUCAUAAUUAAAGAGGAGGGAGAAGCAGGGGAAAUACAAAUGUUAAGGCAGCAAAUAGCAGGGCUGCAGGAGGAAUUCAGAAGAAAUGAGACCCAGUGGCAUGCUGCCCAUGAUAAGUUAAGAUGUCAGGUUGAAGCACUUACCAAGCAGAAUUUGGAACUUCAAAAUGAACUUGGAGUCUCCGAGCAUCAGAAGACAGAAACAGAAAGAAACUAUGGAGCUAUGGAUUUUCUUCCCAGAAAAGCAGAAACACCGGUCUCAGCAGCUAUUUUGCAUGGGGCAUCAUCCCAAGAGAAUCUGGAAGAAGGACCACUUAAGAGUAGCCACAAACAUCUCAGCAAUGUGCAUACAGGAAGGAAGACACCACUGGAUGAAUUUGUUCCUGGAGAUAAAAAACCAAAGGCAACAAGAAGUGCACUCCAGAGGUCUGACUCACUGAAAUCUGCAACAGGAGACCAAAGAGUGAAGAGCCCAUCUAAAGUCCUUCGUAGCAGAAGUGCGAUGCCCACAGGUCGGAGGACACCUCAUCAAAUGCCAUCUGAAGUUCACAAUAGUUUAUCUCAGCUGGCUCAUCAGCAGCAACCAAGUGAUGGAAAAAAAUCAGUGUUGUCUGCAUCUAACCUGAAUGCACUUAGGGAUGCAAGUCCAUCUUUAUAUGUGAAAGGCACAUACUGUUCCACUUCUGGUAGUUCAGAAGAUACAGCUUUUUUAAACAGCCAAAAUAAUGACUCUUUACAUUCUGCAAACUUGAGCAAUGUGGAAAUAAAGGUGAAAGACAAUAUCCACUGUGAAAGGCCUCAGAGGUCUAAGAAGCCCUCUGAACAGGUGGCUUCUAUGACUGACUCCAGAAGAAACAGUAUAUUCUCAAAUAGCAGAAAGACACCAGCAGAAAAUAGUCCUGUUUUUGUGGAUGCUGUUUUUGUGGAUGCUGGAGGAAAGAUUUCCCCUUUGAAACCAAUAUUGUCCAGAAGGGCAUCAUUAUAUAAUGAAAGCCAGGAGGAUGGGAAAGUGAAAGAAAAAAUAGAGUAUCCAGAUGGAAAGGUGAAACAGGUAUUCAUGGAUGGACGCAGAAUUACUACUUAUCCGAAUGGCACAAAAAUGGAGAUUAGUAGUGAUGAAAGGACAACUGUUGUUACUUUUUACAAUGGCGAUAUCAAGAAGAUCUUGCCAGAUCAGAGAGUGGUUUAUUAUUAUGCUGAUGCACAAACAACCAGAACAAUUUUCCCAGAUGGUUUGGAAGUGCUGCAGUUUCCUAAUAAACAGAUUGAAAAGUAUCAUCCUGAUGGUACUGAAGAAAUUGUGUUUCCAGACCAGACAGUGAAACGCCGCUAUGAUCGGGGUCUUGAGGAAACUGUUUUUCCAGAUGGUACAGUUGUCAAAGUAGAAAAAAAUGGAGUUAAAACUAUCCAGUUUCGCAGUGGUCAAAAGGAGAUACACACUGCUGUGUCUACAAGAAGAGAGUACCCUGAUGGUACUGUAAAGACUUUUUAUUCUAAUGGCCAGCAGGAAGCCAAGUACUCUUCAGGGCAUGUUCAAUUCAAAGAUGAAAAGAGGACCAUCCUCCUGGAUAAGAAAUGACUCAUCCUUCUGGCUGGUGUUUCUUAAUGUCAUGUCAUAUAGUUUCAUGUCAUGUAAUUUAUUUCUGUGCCAUAUUUUGGACAAAAAGUGAAAAAGCUUAUCAGUAACAUGUUUUUUAAAAGUCAGAGACAUGUAUUUUCACAGUUAAGAAACAAUAAGCACAGCUGCCAUAAUAGCUUGAUGACUGGUGAAAAUCAUCUAUUGGAAGAAACAAAAGAAAGACAUUGCAUGACUUUCUUGCACCGAAUUCUUACCAGCCAUUGAAUUCUGUUUAGAAUUCCCAUCUGAGCCACUUCCCAAUAGUGUAGAGCAUCUCCAAUGAUGAGAUGUAAUGGAGAUCCUCCUUGUAAAUUUCAUCAUACAGGCAGUCUUGUAUGUCCAUAAGAAAUUCAUCAGAGACUUUGGACCAAGCCAUUUAAGGGCCUUAAAGAACAAACCUAGCACUCUAAAUUGCACCUAGAAACAAAUCAGGGACCAGUGUAUCCUAGGUGCAUAGGAGUAAAAUGCUUCAUACAAUGGUUAGGCAUGGUCUUUGAAGCAGUUUUCUGCACCACACACUCUUCAGAUGUAGCCUUGUGUAGAAUGCACUACAGUAGAACAACCUAGACAUGAUGAAAACAUGUGGCCAGAUGUGAUUUCUCCACAAAGUGUGGCAAUUGGCAUACCAGCCAAAACUGUGUGAAAACACACCUGGUCACAACAGCUAAUUUGGGUCCAUCCACAACCUCAUAAUGAUUUUCAAAGUUGAUGCAACCUAUGAGAUCAGCAGUAAAAACUAUCCCCUUCACUGUCCAAUAGAUGUCCUAUCUAAAUAAAUAAAAAAUAAAAACUUUAUUUAUAUACCGCCCUUCGAAACAUCAGGGCGGUUUACAACAAUAAUCAUAUACAUUCCAUACAGAUUAAUACAGACAAUACAAAUUCAAUACGGUCAAUACAGAUUAAAACAAUGCAGUUAAAAACAAUAAUACAAUAACAAUAAAAGAACUUG